ACUUCAGUUCGUUUCCCAACUCAGACCUAGUUAGACCGAAGUUCUCGAUUUUGUGCUAGCUCCCCGGCGGUAACCGAAAAAAAUACAGGAGAAAAAAAAGCUCCAAGAUGUGCGGUGGCUGGGCUUGUUGUUCCUACGGCAUGGCCUGCUGCAAUGGUCCGUUGUCGACAAUGCGCUACACGGGACGAUGCCUCACCCCAACGCCUUGCGGUGCCUGUGACAAUUGUUCGUCCUGUUGUGGCGGUGGGUGCUGUGGCGGUGGGUACUGUGGAGGCGGUUGCUGCUGGUAGAGCUUGCCUAGAAUCGAGUGGCUUUGAAUAUGUAUUCUGCCACCCGACACACUAUGACGUUGGGACCU